AUGAUCCUGGAGUACGAGGGCUACCGGGUCGACGAAGCGUCGAGCGGUCCGGCGGCCCUGGCCAAGGUCGCCGAACGGGCGCCCGAAGCGGUGAUGCUCGACAUCAAGAUGCCGGAAAUGGACGGCCUAGAAGUGCUAGCGGCCUUCCGUGAGCGUGGCUACGACAUGCCGGUGCUGAUCAUCAGCGGUCACGGCGAUGUCAACACCGCCGCCGCGGCCACCCGGCAAGGCGCUUACGACUUCUUCGAGAAGCCCCUCGAACGCGAGCGCGUGCUAGUCAGUCUACGCAAUGCGGUCGAGGCUUACCGCCUGCAGUCGGAGAACCGGGUUCUACGCCAUGAACCCGACCGGCUGACCGGCGAUUCGCCAGCCCUCGGGCGGCUCCGCCAGACCUUAGAGAAAGCGGCGCCCACGCCAGCGACGGUGUUGAUCACCGGUGAGUCCGGCACUGGCAAGGAGUUGGUAGCGCGGGCGAUCCAUGAACAGUCGGCGCGGGCCAGUCGGCCGUUCGUGCAAGUCAACUGUGCAGCCAUCCCCGACGAGCUCAUCGAGUCCGAGCUCUUUGGCCACGAGAAGGGCAGCUUCACCGGCGCGGUGCGCAAGCAGGUCGGCAAGUUCGUCGCCGCCCAUGGCGGCACGAUCUUUCUCGACGAGAUCGGCGACAUGUCCGCCCGCACUCAGGCCAAGGUCUUGCGGGUACUGCAGAAUGGUGAGGUCGAGCCAGUCGGUUCGGCCAGCAACGUGCGGGUCGAUGUCCGGGUGGUGGCAGCCACCAACCGCGACCUGCGCCAGGGCAUCGAAGACGGCGAGUUCCGUGAGGACCUGUUCUACCGCCUCAACGUGAUUCCGAUCCGCACCCCGCCGCUGCGCGAGCAUCUCGACGAUCUACCGCAGCUGGUGAGCUAUUUCGUCGAGCGCUACGCGCGGGCCAACAACUACCGCCCCAAGGCCUUCAGCGAAGAGGCCUUGGCCCAUCUCAAGACCCUGCCUUGGAAGGGCAACGUCCGCGAGCUCAAGAACCUGGUCGAGCGCUUGUUGAUCCUCAGUCCGGGUGCGGAGGUAGAGAAGCAGGACGUGGUGCAGUUCACCGGUGGCGCCCAAGCGGAAAUCUCAGAAUCGUUGCUGGCGGUCAACACCCUGCGCGAAUUCCGCGAGAUGUCCGAGCGCUUGUUCCUGCUGCACAAGUUGGACGAGAACGGCUGGAACGUCACCCAGACCGCCCAGUCAGUCCAAACCCCACGCUCCAACCUCUACAAGAAGAUGGAGCAGUACGAUAUCCGCCGCGAGGGCAGCUGA